CGCUCAGUUGCCUGGUGACGCUGAAGCUGUGCUCGGCUGUUUCCUGUGCUCCGUGUCACCCAAAACAAGUUUGAAACAGACAAAUCACUGUCGGUGCAUUGAGAACAGCGCGCGUGCUUGUGUUUUAACUCCUGCGGAAGGGCUUCGCGUCACUCGCUAUGUGAUACAGAGAGCGUCUCUGGACGGAGGAUCAUGGACAGUUACUCAUUCGUGAGAGUUGUGGGGAAGGGGAGCUAUGGGGAGGUGAAUCUGGUCAGACACAGGUCAGACCGGAAACAGUAUGUGAUCAAGAAGCUGAACCUGAGAACAUCCUCCAGACGUGAGCGGCGGGCCGCCGAGCAGGAAGCACAGCUCCUCUCACAGCUCAAGCAUCCCAACAUCGUCACCUACCGGGAAUCAUGGGAAGGUGAGGACUGUCAGCUGUACAUCGUGAUGGGAUUCUGUGAGGGAGGAGAUCUUUACCACAGACUCAAACAGCAGAAGGGAGAACUGCUUCCUGAGAGACAGGUUGUGGAGUGGUUUGUUCAGAUUGCCAUGGCCCUCCAGUAUUUACACGAGAAGCACAUUCUGCAUCGAGAUCUGAAAACGCAGAAUAUCUUCUUGACCAAGACCAGCAUAAUCAAAGUGGGUGAUCUGGGCAUCGCGCGGGUCCUGGAGAGUCAGAACGACAUGGCCAGCACUCUGAUCGGCACACCUUACUACAUGAGUCCAGAACUGUUCUCCAACAAACCGUACAACUACAAGUCAGACGUGUGGGCCCUGGGAUGUUGCGUGUAUGAAAUGGCAACUCUAAAACAUGCUUUCAACGCAAAAGACAUGAACUCUCUCGUGUAUCGCAUCGUAGAAGGAAAGUUGCCCCAGAUGCCGAGUAAGUACGACCCCCAUUUGGGAGAACUGAUCAAGCGGAUGCUGUGUAAGAAACCGGAGGACAGGCCAGACGUCAAACACAUCCUUCGACAGCCGUACAUCAAGCAGCAGAUCUCCAGGUUCCUGGAGGCCACGAAAGAAAAAACCGCCAAAUCACGGAAGAAUGCAGCGAACAGCAAACCUGGCAGUGCUGGAUCUGAUGCAUCAACCAAACCCAAUCAUGACGCUGUUCAGCCACAAUGCCUUAACUCUGAAUCAAAGGCCAGAGGAAGAAAGGUUGAAGAAAACCACUUGAACCAACAAAAACCCUGUAAUGGUGCUGUGGAAAAAGUGCUUCUGAACCCACACUUGCCCCCUAAAUCUCCAAGUCGGGACAUUUUUAACUCAACCGGUCCAUCUACAGCAACCAUCAGCAAUAUAGACGUUGAAAUCCAAUCCCAGGAACAAAAACAGAGGAAAGCCAAAAAACCCAGCAGCCAUCAGAACCACAAGCCGCUGUCUGUGAGCAAGAGGAGAGAGAAAGAGGAGAAAGAAGAUCCUGCUCCGACACAAGCAUUAGGUGUCAGCAGAGCGGAGGAUAAGAUGUCAGCGAAUGGACUGAUAUCUCAAAACUCAACUACACCCAAGCCUGCAGAUCGAACUAAGACGCUAAGCAAGAAUCAGGCUCUUAAUGCAAGUAUGGACCUUAAAGACGACACUAUGAAGCUUCUGCGGGAGGCAGGGAUGGAGGACAUCCCAUACGAUCCUGUGGAACAACAUCACAAUGCUGAGAUAAAGUCAGAGAGCCACAUAAAGACUGUUGAUGAUAAUCUCAGCAAUGCAUGUUGUGUCCUAAAGGAUGUUCCUACUGGAAGUUCAACUGAGGAGAGUGAGGGAAGUUUAGACUCCACAGAAAAACUACUCAAGCCUGUUCCUGACAUUUUAAUGGAGUCCGCUUCAGCUCUCUCAGAUCAAAGCAGACCAGUUCUUCAGCCCUCUUCCUCUUCCUCUGAACCGUCCAUGUCACGUCAGCGCAGGCAGAAGAAAGACAAGUCCCUCGAUGACCAGAACAGCCAUCAACCGAGCAGCGUGGACAUUGCACAGGUCAAAGCAGUGCCCAGACCUCUGCCGCCUCUUCCAGAAGAUGUCCCAUCAGUAAACAAUGAACAGAAAGGCCACUCGGAGAAAAACAGACCUGCCAAUCUCUCGUCUUCUACCAAGAAUUGUCCAGAGCAGCAGUAUCGUCCACUGUCAGCCAGGGAAAGGAGAAGACUGAAGCAAUCACAGGAGAACGCCAGACAACAAGCUGUGUCCGCUGUCAAAAGGGUGCCUUGUGAUGUCCCCUCAUUAGACGGUAAGCAGACAGACCAUCCAGACUGCCCAAGACCUGCCAGCACAACUUUGGAAACAAGAAAGGAGAGGAAGUGCUCAUGGAGACAGUCUGAUGAUGAAGAUUGUAGUUCCUCCACCAGCUCCACUGAACGUUCAGAGGGCGACUACAGAGAACGAAAGUUUGAGACCAAUGAGAUGCAAGACUUGGUCCAAAUGAUGACACAAACGUUACACAUGGAUGCCAGAGGUGUAUCAUUUGAGCCAGAUGGGUCAAGAUGCCACUCCACUCCACUGCCUGAGUUCAAGCUAAACAGGAAGUACAGGGACACGCUGAUGCUUCAUGGGAAAUCCAGAGAGGGUCAGGGAGAUAACCAAAUCAGUGGCUUCCCGUUAGAUGACAGCACGGGUCCAGCAAAGGUCAGGAGAGUGAUCGAGCACUUGCGUACAGAUGUGGUUAAAGGACUCGGGGUGAAGCUAUUGGACAGAGUCCUGGACAUCAUGCAGCAAGAGGAUGAAGAGAAGAGAGAGCACCUACUGCAAGAGCUAAUGGGGGAGGAAAAAUACAAGCAGUAUGCAGUGAAAGUGCAACAGCUGAAGUUCUUUGAAGACGUUGCAUUCAAGGAUUGAGCCAGAUGCACACGAGGGAUCCUUUAUCAAACACUGAUAUGCCAUUACUGCUGGUGGGCAGCAGACUGAUUUGUGCUCUUUAACACUUCACUGAAGCCUCUUAUCAACAAUCACUGUUACUUUCAUUAAUGCUUUUGUAAAUGUGUAGUGAUAGAAAUAUGGAAGCCUGUUUCCACCACUGAACAAAAAAUAAAACAAGGUAAUUGUGACUUUUUAUCUCAAAAUUCUGCCUUUUUUUUCCUCAGAAUUGCGAGUUUAUAUCUCGUGAUUCUGACAUUUUUUCUCUAAAUUACGAGUUCUUAAGUCAGAAUUGCGAUAUAUAGUCACAAUUCUGAGUUUUUUCUCACAAUCCUUUUUUUUCUCAAAUUUGCGAGUUAUAAAGUCAGAAUUGCGAGAGUCACAAUUCUGGUUUUUUUUUUCCUCAAUUGAUUUGUAAAAGUCAAAAUUGCAAGUUAAAAAGUAAGAAUUACUGAGUUAUCAAGUAAUUGUUAUCAAUUCUGAAUUGAUAACAAGAUAUAAAGAGAUAUAAAUUCAGAAAUGCAAGAUAUAAAGUCUUAGUUCUGAGAAAAAAUGUUAGAAUCAUGAGAUAGAAAGUUUCAAUUACCUUUUUUAUUUUUUAUUUAGUGGCAGAAACGGGCUUCCAUAUAGAAGUGAGUUGAACCUAGAUAUGCAAAAAAAAAUGCUGUUAUUAUGCACCUUUAAAUUUCACAAAAGCAUUAUUUUCAGAUAUCAUCUUUCUUUUGAAAAUGUGAAACUACGCUAUGUGGAUAACAAUCUUGAAUCACAAAAGACAUGUUAAAAAUAGUUAACUUUUUUCUAUUUUCUGAACUGUAUAUUUAUAUUAUGACAUACAUUAAUAAGGAAUGAUUUAUAAUAAAUGACAUUUUUAGAAA